ACCCAAAAUCAUUUAUUUUUUAACAUUUGAUAAAAUUUCUGGUUGUCAAUUUGAAACUGUAGAGGACGAAGCUCUCCGAUGUGCAUUAGUUUUGAAAUAGCCGUGGAAGUUUUGCUCUGGUUGUCAAUUUGAAACUCUAGAGGACGAAGCUUUACAAUGUGCAUCAGUUUUGAAAUACCUGUGGAAGUUUCGUGUUUUCAUUAACGGGUAAGCUUCACAACUUAGAGGCGCUGCAAACUGCAAAAUUUAAUCCGAAGACCUCCACGAUGAAGUUCAAAAUCGAAAAUCUGACAGUCUACUUCCCUUACGAGCACAUAUACCCAGAGCAACACCAGUACAUGGUGGAACUGAAACGAGCACUGGACGCGAAAGGCCACUGCCUCUUAGAAAUGCCGACUGGUACAGGCAAAACUAUAACCCUCCUCUCCCUUAUCACCAGCUACCAAUUAUCCGACCCCUCUGUUGGGAAACUCAUUUACUGUACACGCACAGUCCAUGAAAUGGAGAAAGUUCUUGCAGAACUACGCUUAUUGAAUGAUUACCAGCAAAAAGAAAUUGGAAGCGCAGCCAAAACUCUGGCCCUCGGCCUCAGUUCCAGAAAAAACCUCUGCCUUAAUGAAAUGGUCCAGAGCGCAAGUUCCAGAGAGAGCGUUGAUGCGGGUUGCAGAAAACUUACAGCUUCUUGGGUUAGAGCUCUAGCGGUUGAAAAUCCUAAUAUCGAAACGUGUCAAUUUUAUGAAAAUUAUGACAAGCAAGGGACUGAAGCAAUUUUGCCCCCUGGGGUUUAUACACUUCAUGACCUAAGAAACUUUGGUAGGGCGAAAGGCUGGUGCCCUUAUUUUUUGGCACGGCAUAUGAUCCAGUUUGCAAAUAUUGUUGUUUAUAAUUAUCAGUAUUUGCUUGAUCCCAAGGUAUCUGGGAUUAUAUCAAGGGAAAUGCAGAAAGAGUGUAUUGUGGUGUUUGAUGAGGCACACAAUAUUGAUAAUGUUUGUAUUGAGGCACUCAGCGUGAAUAUCAGGGAGCAAACUCUCACUGGAGCUACUAGGAAUGUUAAUAAGAUGGCUGAGAUUGUUGAUAGGUUCAAGGCCUCAGAUGCAGAUAGACUGCGAAGAGAAUAUAACAGGCUCGUGGAAGGAUUAGCACAAAGAGAUGAUUUGCCUAUCUCAGACACAUGGAUUUCAAAUCCUAUUCUUCCAGAUGAUAUAGUAAGAGAAGCUGUGCCAGGGAAUAUCAGACGAGCUGAACAUUUUUUAUCAGUUUUAAAAAGGCUAGUUCAAUACCUAAAGAUCCGGCUAAGAACUGAGGAUGUAGAAACUGAAGGGACACCUCAGUUUGUUGCUAAUGUUACUACACAAGCUGGCAUAGACCAAAAAAUGUUGAAAUUCUGCUAUGAUCGUUUACAUUCUCUUAUAGUAACUCUGGAAAUAACUGACACAGAUGAAUUUCUGCCAAUUCAAACUGUGUGUGACUUUGCCACAUUAGUAGGGACAUAUAGCCGUGGAUUUUCUAUUAUUAUUGAGCCUUUUGAUGAGAGAAUGCCAGAAGUUCCUGAUCCUAUUUUGCAGCUUAGUUGCCUUGAUGCUUCUCUGGCAAUAAAACCAGUGUUUCAACGAUUUCAAUCUGUGAUAAUAACAUCAGGGACUCUCAGUCCCAUUGAUCUCUACCCUCGUCUUCUCAAUUUCAAUCCAGUUAUUUCUCAGGCCUUUACAAUGUCGUUGACUAGAGAUUGCUUAUGUCCAAUGGUGCUUACACGUGGCAGUGAUCACUUGCCCUUGAGUACCAAAUUUGAUAUGCGUAGUGAUCCUGGUGUUGUAAGGAAUUACGGACGUCUUCUGUUAGAGAUGGUAGCUACUGUGCCUGAUGGCAUUGUUUGCUUCUUUGUCAGUUACUCAUACAUGGAUGGAAUAAUUAAUAGUUGGAAUGAAAUGGGCAUUUUAAAGGAUAUUAUGCAACAUAAGCUUGUUUUUAUUGAAACACAAGAUGUUGUAGAAACAACUUUGGCAUUGGAUAACUACCGUAGGGCAUGUGAUUGUGGGCGAGGUGCCGUAUUCUUUUCUGUUGCAAGAGGAAAAGUGGCAGAAGGAAUUGAUUUUGAUCGGCAUUAUGGGCGCCUUGUGAUUAUGUUUGGGGUUCCUUUCCAGUAUACUUUGAGCAGGAUUCUACGUGCUAGAUUGGAUUAUUUAAGGGAGACAUUUCAGAUUAAAGAAGGAGAUUUUCUCACUUUUGAUGCUGUGAGACAAGCAGCACAAUGUGUUGGCCGUGUAAUUCGAUCAAAAGCAGAUUAUGGAAUGAUGAUAUUUGCUGACAAAAGAUACAGUCGGCAUGAUAAGCGUUCAAAACUGCCAGGAUGGAUCUUGAAACAUUUAGGCAAUGCCCAUCUUAAUUUAAGUACCGACAUGGCUGUGCAUAUAGCACGUGAAUUUUUGCGGAAGAUGGCUCAACCAUAUGACAAGGCAGGCAGUGGAGGGAAAAAGACUUUGCUAACACAAGAAGACAUAGAAAGCAUGGAAACUCAAAAAUCAAUGGCAUUAGAUUGAUUUGCUUUUUCAUUUGCAAAUAUCCUUUUAGCGUUCCAGCAUGUCACAAGAGGAUGUGGUAAGGAUAGAAGAUAAUAUGCCUCUCAUGUCAAAAGAUUGAUCUUUCAUAUAUUAUAAUUUUCAUUAUAGUAUUUUAGAACUGUUAAAAAUCUGCAAUUGCAAGUUGAAGGAAUUUGCACGAGGGAAACGGAUGGAUGGAUGAGGAAAUCAGUAUAAAACUCACAAACUGAAGAGCCUUUCAUCAAAGUACAAAGAUAUUAUAAAUUAACCUGCUUCUAGCUGGGGAUUUUGAAAGUAACUUCAGCUGAAAUCUUUUUGCUUUCCGAUUCUUCUUCGUGUCACCUUUGGAUGGUUGACAGAAAUGUUAGACAAUGGUGGAGUUGAACAGGUUUGACAAUAGUAAAAUUUGGUACGAUAUUUGUGGCAGCACUAAGAAUGUUUCAAAUUACAAAUAAAAAAUUACACUACAUUAUUGUUUUACAAAUUUAAUAUUACAAGUUUUGGAAAUCC